AUUCAUAAUGCUUUCUAGUCUGAUUAUUGAAAUUAAUAUGUUAAUGAGAAAUGUAUACUCUCUCUAGAUAGGCCAUAAAAAUAAGGUGAAACUGUUCUAUUAUUAUUUGUACUGAAUCUAGAGAGAACAUCAAAAUGAAUGAGUUUAGUGAUGUAGCAAAUGCUGCUAUAAAGCUAAACAAGAUGGAACAAUUGGCUGAACAAAAUCAGGACUCUGUUGAGUUCCCUCUAACAAAGACUUCUGGAGCUGGAGAGGCUGCUGCUGAAGGCAGCCAUGAGUCUGCACCUGGAGACUCCAGAGCAAGAGCUAAUUUCAGAAAAGCUUACAAGUUAAUGCAAAACAACACAAUGGAGUUCUUAGGUCUCAGUGAAAAUUGGGAGAAGGAACAUGAUGCCCGAUGGCGCCAACAGAGGCUAAGGCUUGCCCAACGGCAGGGGCACGACCAAAAAACUGCUGAAGUUGCAGUGGAACAGGCCACAAUAAGAAGAAAGUCCAUGAGAAGACCACCGAAAGUGGAUAGUGAUGUUACAGAUGCUGCUGGGGAUCAGCUCAUUUCUGAUGAAGCAGAUGAUGAUGAGGAUGAACCAACUAAAGAUUCCGUAGCGUCCAUCACACUUCUUGCUGCGUCCAGAGCCCUGGGCAAGUGGAAGAGGGCGACAGCAGAAACCAAGGCGCAGGCCACGGACACAGAGACCAUAGACUUCACAGAUGCCCGAACAUUUCCAUCCCAUCAGCAGCAGCAGCAGCAGCCAGAGAGACCUGGGGUACGAAUGUGGCUCCGUACGAAGUUGAAGAUGGUGAAUGAUCACCAUGACGACAGCCGCCCCUAUUUCUCCUACUGGGUCAGCACGGUGCAUAUCGUUGUGCUGGCGCUUUCCAUGAUCCUCUACCCCAUCGCGCCAUAUGGCGCUGGACUCAAAGUCGUCAAAGGCGAGAUUCUGACGACGAGUUUAUCACUCGAGAUCAUCGAGUAUGAGGAGCCGGCCAACCUCUGGCUGGGUCCCAGACAGGCCGACCUCAUCGCGCUGGGGGCCAAGUACACUCCGUGCAUGCGACCAGACGCUGCCAUCAAUGAAGGCAUCAACAAGCAACGGCAGACGGAGGCAACCACCGGCUGCUGCAUACGACACGACCUGGGCGGCUGCGUGCAGACAAGUGCUCGUAUUUUGAUGUGCUUGCAGGAAAAUCUGUCACACUGGGAUAAGUGGACUGCCCUGGACCCGGGGCCUGAUGAGCGCACUAGCGGGCCCGUCUGUGGACAAGACCCCAGAGUCUGCACCGCCCCUGCCUCGGUCGCGCCCAACGUGUGGCCCGACGACAUCACGCAGUGGCCCGUGUGUCAGAAGGCCAACAUCUCCUUCGCGGGGCCCUCUGUGUUUGGUGGUGACACCAGCAUCACGUGUGAGGUUGUGGGCAGGCCGUGCUGUGUGGGCAUACACGGCGAGUGCCACAUCACGACACGCGAGCACUGCAACUUCCUUUAUGGCCACUUCCACGAGGAAGCAACUCUCUGCUCGCAAGUGCACUGCCUGAGCGACGUGUGCAAGAUGCUGGCGUUCCUCAACCCUGAGGUGCCUGAUCAGGUCUACAGGCUCUGGGUGUCCAUCUUCAUCCAUCCAGGAUUGUUUCCGCUGAUCUUGACCCUCCUGCUGCACUGGUUUCUUCUGAGGAACUUGGAGAAAUUUGCUGGCACGGUCAGAGUCACUAUAAUCUACAUCGUGUCUGGCAUUGCGGGUAAUUUGGCUUCUGCCAUUUUCGUGCCUUACCGACCAGAAGUCGGGCCUUCUGGGUCCCUCGCAGGGAUGGACACCAGGUAUGGAUGUAAUUUGGCUUCUGCCAUUUUCGUGCCUUACCGACCAGAAGUCGGGCCUUCUGGGUCCCUCGCAGGGAUGGUCGGGUGCCUCUUCGUCAUCUUCAUUGUGGACGUGAAGGAUAACAUGCGUAGCAACUGGACCAUUGUGGGCAAGUGGGCGGCCUUCCUAGUAUUUUGUAUCAUCAUUGGGCUCUUUCCUGGUGUUGACAACUACGCCAAUAUUUUCGGCUUCAUCAUGGGUGUUCUGCUGUCCGCAGCUCUGCUCCCUCAUGUUGGCCACACUGCUCCGAACCUCAGUAAUGAAAUUCCUGAAGAUGAGGAAGUUCAGAUUUCAAGGCCCCGAAGCAGUCGUUGGUGUCGUGUCAUUGUUGUUCUCGUAUCUCUCUCGCUGGCCAUCGUUUAUCUGGUGACACUUUUCCUUGUCUUCUAUUUAGUGCCUUUCGAGUGUAAAUGGUGCGGAUACCUUGACUGUAUACCGCUCACGAGCACGCUGUGUGCUGACAUGCAGACCAGCUUUGAGCGACAUCAAAUUAUUACGUGAGACGUCUUGUGUAUAAAUUCAAGUAAUUUGUUCCUGUCCUCUGUAAUUUAGACUACUAUUGUAAUACAUGCCUAUCUGUUAAUGAUUGUUGUGAGUCAAAAGAUAGCUGCAGUCGCCAUGUCUUUCGAAUGUUAACAAGUGCCUGCGAAUUUGAAUGUGUUAAUAAGUGCCUGUGUCUUCAAGUGUUAAGAAGUGCCUGUGUCUCUAAGUGCAAACAAAUUCCUACGUCCUUAAAUUAUAACAAAUCAAAAUAGUUCCUAGGUGCAUUGCUUAUGAUUUGCACUGGCCUUUGCUAACGAAUUUCAAUGUACGGCGCUCACCCAGCAGUCAAGGCGAGUGCGGUGUCUACAGUAUUUUUGUACUUGAACAAGCGUCGGUUUUU